CCGCCAGCGGAGGGCCGGGCGCAGCGGCCUCGGCCUGGGCGGGCGCAAGGCCGAGCGCGCGGGGGGGGGCGCGGGCCCCCCGGGACGCCGCGGCCACUCCCCCCCGGGCCGGCGCGGCGGGGGAGGCGGAGGAUGGAAACACCCUUCUACGGCGACGAGGCGCUGAGCGGCCUGGGCGGCGGCGGCAGUGGCAGCGGCGGCAGCUUCGCGUCCCCGGGCCGCCUGUUCCCCGGGGCGCCCCCGACGGCGGCGGCGGCCGGCAGCAUGAUGAAGAAGGACGCGCUGACGCUGAGCCUGAGCGAGCAGGUGGCGGCGGCGCUCAAGCCGGGGGCCGCGCCGCCUCCGGCCCCCCUGCGCGCCGACGGCGCCCCCAGCACCGCACCCCCCGACGGCCUGCUCGCCUCCCCAGACCUGGGCGCUCAGCCGCCUCCCGGAGCCGGCGUCAUCAUCCAGUCCAACGCUGUCCCACUCGCCGACCACACGGCAUUCUUACCAACCUGGAUGCCAAGCGAACCACUGCCGGCCGCGGCCGCCGCCGCGCGCCGCGCGCGCCGGCCGGCGGCCGCCGCGGGCCGCGCCGUCGCCGAGCGGCCCGGCCGGCGCGCGCCCGAGCGCCGCUACAGCGAACGAGCAGCCUACGCGGCGGCGCGGGGCCGCGGGGCGCGCGACGGCGCCUUCCCGCCAGCCGUCUUCGCCGCUCCGCCGCCCGGCGCGCUGGGCCGCCGCGCCUGCCCGCGCUCAAGGAUGACACAGACGGUGCCCACGGCCGAGCUUGUUGGCGAGAGCCCGCCGCUGUCGCCUGACAAUGACACGCAGGAUCGCAUCAAGGCGGAGCAGCGGCUGCGCAAUCGCAUCGCCGCCUCCAAGUUGCGCAAGCCGCAAGCUGGACCGAUCUCGCGCCUCGGAGAUGAGACCCUCAAGAGCCAGAACACGGAGCUGGCGUCCACGGCGAGCCUGCUGCGCGAGCAGGUGGCGCAGCUCAAGCAGAAAGUCCUCAGCCACGUCAACAGCGGCUGCCAGCUGCUGCCCCAGCACCAGGUGCCCGCGUACUGAGCCGGCGCGCGGCGCGCAUGCGCGGCCGCCCUCCCGAGGGGCGGGCUCGCGGGGGGGUUCGCGGGCGCCCCGGACUCGGAGAGGGCGCGGCCCCGGGACCCCCCUUUGGGCGCCCGGGACUCGGAGAGGGCGCUGCCCCCGGGGACCCCCCCGGAGGGAGCCCAGGACUCGGAGAGGGCGCCCCGGACUCGACAAGCUGGACCCCCUGCUCCCGGGGGGGCGAGCGCAUGACCCCCCGCCCUCGCGCUGCCUCUGUCCCCGCGGCCGCCCGCGCCGCACGCACCCGCGCGUCCCGGCCGCCCUCCGUGCGCCCCGCCGCGGAAGGCCCCGCGGGCGCAGCCCCGAGCCCUGCGUCUCCUUUUCCUUUUCUGCCUUUGGAAGAGAGAAGGACAGAGUGUUCGAUCCUGCCCUAUUUAUGUUUC